AUGGAGAAGGACGCGGCGGUCAAGUGCUUGAUCGAGGACGAGCCAGCGGCUGAGAACGAGGCGCCCGAAGAUGCGGAAAGCGAGAACAACGGAGCGUACUGCGCCAAGCUCAUGGACGACGCAGCGAUACGAGCGCUUCGGCGUGCGCUCGUGAAGACGUCUGUGGCGAUGGAGACACACGGGCAUCUCCGCAAGUUUCAGCGCAAGCCCGAGGAGCCACAUUCGCUAGAGCAUACUUCGCGACGCAAAUCUUCGCUCCAGCGUGAUGCCCACAAAGUCCACGAGUUGCAGAUGCCUGUGCUUCCGCACCGCCCAGCCUCGGCGCGGCCAACCCCGCCCGCUGGCCAUGCCAAUCGAUCGCGUCCGUCCACAGUACACAGCAGUGCAGUCUCCAAUAACAAGCUGCGACGGUCGUUCCAGGUCGUGCUCGCCGAAGAAAAGGCCAACUACACAGAGCUUGAAGAUCAGUAUCUCACGCUAAAAGACGCCAUUUUGCGUCAUUUCGACGACGUGCUGCACAACCCGCACAGCGUGGACCGCGACUUGAGCGCGGAUGCGUAUGCGCAGCUCGCUGAGAUGGACGAGCGUCUGCGGGAGGAAAACCGGCUUCGGCCCCAUGACGAGCCCAAGCCGCGACCGACCGGGCGCGAAGCCCUCGUCGGCGUCAAGGGUCGCGUCGCUCGCGCAGCCGCACGCGAAGCCCAGCGCGUGAUCGUCGAAGCCCAGCGCGUGAUCGUCGAAGCCCACGUCCCCGAGCCGCAUCAUGGCGACGGCAAGGUCGAUCCUGAUCUUCGCGAUGUCAACGACGACCCGCGCGUGGGCACGGUGCUCCCGUGUGCGAUCAAGGCCGCGCGUGGCAACACUGGCCGCAACACCGAGUCGUUCGACCCCGCGUCGACACUGGUGCGCCCAGCCAUGCGCAUCAUCGUCGGACCGAAGAAACCCGUUUUCGACAAGCCGCUCAAGCACGACGACGUGGUCGUCGUGCCCGACUUUUUUUGCGCCGAGGACGACUGGAGCAUCUACUACAAGCUCAUCGAGGAGAUGCGCGCGGCGCAGUCGACCGGCACUGCCAAGUCCGAGUGGAUUCCGUGGGCCGAAGGCUGCCACUUGAUUUCGCAAAACCCGACGGGGUCGCCCACGUACGAGAUGGUGCUGCGGCGCACGAGCGAGUAUUUCAACAUGAAGGCGGGGUCCCAGGGCACGCGCUUCAACUGGUACCGCGACUCGUCCGACUGGAAGCCGUUCCACCACGACUCGGCGGCGUACAACCCGGGGCGCGCCCGCACGCAAAACAUCACGGUUGGCGUCUCGUUCGGCGCCGAGCGCGAGCUGGCCUUUCUGCACGCGCAGAACGGGUCGCGCAUCUACUUUCCGCAGUGCAACGGCAUGCUCUUUGCGUUUGGGCGCGACGUCAACAUCAACUGGAAGCACGGCGUGAACGCGCUCGCGCCCCAAGUGUUUUGCGGCAAAGGUCGGAUAUCCAUCAUCCUCUGGGGCCUCGCGCAGGACGUCAUCGAGGAGCCGGAGAGCCCCGCGCUCUUGACGAACGACGCGCGCAACGGCUUUGACAACCGCGGCCGCGCCAACGGUGACGUGUGCCGCGACUUUCAAGGCGGCUCGUGCCGCUUCGGGGACCGCUGCAAGUUUAGCCACGCGUCGCGCCGCUAG